GUCGUCGUUCCGCGAUUCACCUCUUAUUGGCAAUAGACACAGCGAGACCGUUCGUUCGCAAGAGCCAAAUAACAAAGGGAGGAGAAGAAGAAGGAGGAGGAGGAGAUAAUGGAAAUAGCCGUUAACACCCUCUUCUUGGGUUUAAAUCCAAAGAUAAUAAUAAAUCACAAGAAACCCGUAGAUGGCUUUACUUCAAAGCUCACCGGUAGAAGCUCGCGUGUUUCACAUCCUUUGAGAUUUGAUGCUCCAGAAUUUCGCGCAGGGAGAAGUCGAGAAUAUCUGCCUGGUGUCUCUGCUGUAUUAUCAUCAGUUGCAGAAGAUGUUGGAGUUUCUUCGUCUCUGUUUGAUGAGUUCUCUGUCUCUCGUACAAGUACCAGUGAGGCUAGAGAACUAACGGUAGGCGUUGAGGUGUUUAGUGUCAGAACUCGAGCGAUUUUCGACAAUGUUUUUGACAGAAUGGUUGCCGCAGCCCAGCCGAUCCGUGGCUUUCGAAGAGUGAAAGGAGGAAAAACACCGAAUAUACCAAGAGAAAUUCUCUUAGAAAUCCUUGGGCCUUCUAAAGUUUACAAGGAAGUAAUCAUGGAAGUAAUCAACUCUACCAUAGCUGAAUAUGUGGAAAAGGAAGGUUUAAAAGUUGGCAAAGACUUGCGAGUUGAGCAGAGUUUAGAAGAUCUGGAGGCCAAAUUUGAGCCAGGUGAAAAAUUCAGCUUUGAUGUGGUUGUUCAGCUUCAGGAAAUGAACUGAACAUUAUGUGUACUUUGAUUUCUCUUCCAGAUUUUGUAUACAUUUUAAUUAGGUUCUGGAAAGGAAGCUUUGUUAUAAUUGAACUAGUUUAAACUGGAGGUCAAUUCCUUAAGUUCCACAUUUAUUUAGAGAAACGUUUCAGCAACAGCUUUUA